UUUCAGAUCAUGAAUGCUAUGUUUCACUCAUUAUUUGCUCUAAGUUUUGUUAGUUUGGUAGCAUCAAUAAAUAAUCAAAACUCGAGAUAUGAUAAAAUGUUUUUGGCAAUGGUUUGUCAAGAUCAAAACGGUUGCGAAGUAAAUAUACGUUUUCUGAAACAGUCAUUUCCUGAUUCAAACUCUACGGAACCAUUAUAUGAACAUACAAUGAUAUACAAUAAUGGAAGUCUUGAUGAAAUAACAAUUGAUGUUACGGAAGAUGUGAAUAUCAUCGAAUUCACAUUUACAGCGCCCGAUGAAAAUGGAACAACUAUUGUAGAAACCGAUUCGUGGGAAUUGAACUUUUCCGAGACCUAUUUCCACACUAUCGGAUCCCUUCAACUUGUCGGAAAUUUGCCAUGUGGCCGAUACGGUUGCCCGCAAACUCCACUUUGCAAUGGAAGUUGUCGUUUCAUGGUCAUUGUUUCACUUGCAGCUUUUUGUAUUUCUGUUUUAGCUGGACUCGCGCUACAAACUGUAUACGUCUCGUUUCUCGGGUUUCGAAAAACUCGAAAAGCUGUCGAACUUCGUGACACUUUAAGAUUAACUGAGGCAGCCGAACUUGCACAUUAAGAAUGAUUUUAAAGUAGUAUCAAUUUUUAUUUGUGUUCAAAUCGCGAAAUUUUGUAAAUUUUUGUAAACAAUGAUUCAACUUUUUCUCAAAUGAAAGUCCCAUGCUUUAUCUGAGCCAUUUCUAAACGUUUUCCCGAGUUUACUGUAUUUUAUUAUUUAUUCACAUUUCAUGUCAUCCCAUAUAAAAAUAAAAUUUUAUUUUUGUAUUUUUAUGAGAUGGAGCACCUUCCGUGU